AUGUUCAUCACGGCGACUCGCGCGGCUGCGCGCCGCGCCGCGUCUCACUGCCGCGUUUCGUCCCGUCCAUGCCGAAGCUACCACUCCUACGACCACCCAGCAGCCGAGGGCCCGUUUGGCGCUGCCGAAGAGGCCAUCCUGUCCGCCGCCUACAAACACGUCCCCGAGCACGGCUUCUCGGCGCUCGCGCUCGGCCUCGGCGCGCGCGACGCUGGCUACCUCGACAUUAGCCCUAGCAUGCUCCCGGACAGCACCUUCAACCUGGUACGCUACCACCUGGUCAUACAGCGACAGGGCCUCGCGGGCACUUCCCGGAUCCUUUUCAAAGACCAACAGUCACUCGGACUAGGAGCAAGGGUCGCUGCCCUGACAUGGGCGCGGCUGUUGGGGAAUAAAGAUAUUGUACAGCACUGGCAAGAGGCACUGGCAGUCAUGGCGCAGCCGAGCCACGUCCCUGAAUCCCUAAAAGAACUCGCACAGCUGUCCGACGAGAUCUGGUUUCUCUCAGGCGAUACUGCCGUCAACCCGUCCUGGUACUCGAAGCGUGCGACGCUGUCCAUGAUCUACACAACGACCGAACUGUUCAUGACAAAUGACCAUUCACCCGGCUUCACUGAAACGAACAAGUUCCUUACCCGGAGGCUCGAGGAGGUCCAGUCCGCCGGCGGCGCUGUCGGUGCUGUCGGGCAGUGGACAGGGUUCACGUUCCAAGCGGCCAUCAACGUUCUGCGAAGCAAGGGCGUAGGCAUCUGA